ACUCACAUAAGUUGCAUGCUUCUUCUCUAGUAGCCUUCGCCGCAUGCUAAAUGAACAAAUACAGAAGAAGUCAUGGCACUGGAUCACUGGAGCCAAGAUGACAUGGAAUGAGCCUUCAGGAUGGGAAUAUUUUUCCCCUGAUCCCACGUGGGAAGAGGAGGACAUGUUGACUUUGAGACAAGCGGUGCUGUAAAGAGACUUGACUGAAGGACCCAGCAGAGUGAGGAAGAAGGUGGGUUCGCGCGGUGUGAAUGGGACAGGAGAGCUGGAACCAAAUGCACAGUUCAGGGAUGAACAACAGCCCCGCGAUGGCACCUGUGUCUCCAAGGCUGGGUGGUAGUCAACCACUGUCCUCUAUUUCACCUAAGAAAACCACCACCUUUCAGUCUUUGGGAUCUCUCUCAUCAGGAAGGUUCUCCCCAUCGCUAGCUAGGAGCUCCGCUCAUCAGGCCAAACAGGCCUCAAGUGCCAUGAAUUCACCCACCCUGUCCAUCAUGAGCUCCCCGAAACUCUGGCAGAAAGCUUCCGUCUCCAGACUGGCAGAAGAGUUUUUCUGGAUUGGUGGCAGUGUGGUUGCACAGCCUAAAUGGAGACUGGGCCAGAUAGUGGAGAGGUGUAUGUGCACCAUGCAGACUGGCACACAGAUGAUCAAACUGAAGGGGAAGAAGAAAGGACUGGUCCGAUUCUUUUACCUGGACGAGCACAGGUCCUGCAUCCGGUGGCGGCCCUCCAGGAAACACGACAAAGCCAAAAUAACUAUUGAUUCCAUCCAUGAGGUCUUUGAGGGGAAAAAAUCAGAGAUUUUCAGGCGCUAUGCAGACAACCGCUUCGACCCAAACUGCUGCUUCAGUAUUUACUACGGGGAACGGGUGAAGUCACUGAAUCUGGUCUCCACCAACUCAGAGGAGGCCCGCACCUGGAUCACUGGGCUGAAAUACCUCAUGGCUGGCAUCAGUGAUGAAGACAGUUUGGCCCGGAGGCAGCGUACCCGUGAUCAAUGGUUACAGCAGACCUUCUCUGAGGCUGACAAAAAUGGAGAUGGCACCUUGAGCAUUGGAGAACUCCACCAGCUGCUUCACAAACUCAAUGUGAAUUUACCCAAGCAGAAAGUCAGAGAGAUGUUCCAAGAAGCAGACACGGAUGAGAACCAGGGCUCACUGGGCUUUGAGGAAUUCUGUUCCUUCUACAAGAUGAUUUCUACACGCAGAGACCUCUACCUGAUUAUGAUCUCCUACAGCAACCAGAAAGAAGUCUUGGAUCUGCACGACCUUGCUCGCUUUCUGGAAACUGAACAGAAGAUGCGUGGCCUGACCAGAGAGCAUCUAGUUGACAUAGUGUCCAAGUUUGAGCCAUGUCCUGAGAACCUCCAGCAUAUGGUGCUGGGUAUUGAUGGGUUUACCAACUACAUGCGGAGCCCCGCAGGCGAUAUCUUCAACCCUGAGCACAACCAGGUGAACCAGGACAUGACUCAGCCUCUCAGCAACUACUUCAUCGCUACGUCACACAACACCUACCUGACAGGAGACCAGCUGCUGUCUCAGUCCAGAGUGGAAAUGUACGCCUAUGUUCUGCAGGCAGGCUGUCGCUGUGUGGAGGUGGACUGCUGGGAUGGACCAGAUGGAGAGCCCAUUAUCCAUCAUGGUUACACCUUGACAUCCAAAAUUCUCUUCAAAGAGGUCAUUGAAACCAUUAACAAAUAUGCCUUCACAAAAUCACAGUAUCCAGUGAUCUUAUCCAUAGAGAACCACUGCACUGUGCCCCAGCAGAAGAAGAUGGCUGAGUAUCUGAAAGAGGUGCUGCAGGACAAACUGGACUUGAGCAAUGUCAACGUGCACGAAUGCAAGAAGCUGCCGUCCCCUGAGAUCCUGAAAGGGAAGGUUUUAGUCAAGGGAAAGAAGCUGCCGGCAAACCUUGAUCCCGAUGUAGAGGAGGGGGAUGUGUCUGAUGAAGACACUGGGGAUGAGGAAGAGGAGGAAGACGACGAUGACGAUAACUUACAGGAUGGGAAUAGUGUUUCGUCUCCUAAUCAGCCCAAAAAGAAGAGACGGUUUGGCAGAUCAAUCAUAAGGAGCUUUAAAAGAAAGAGAAAAAAGAAAGUGCGUGUGAAAAACAACCUGUCUGAUGGAGAAUCUGACCACAGCAGCAGCCGAGAGAGGACGCAAAUAGUUUACCAUCCAAAAAAAAGGAAAACAAUGAGGUUGUCCAGAGCUCUGUCCGACCUGGUCAAGUACACAAAAUCUGUCCGUGUGCAUGACAUUGAAUCACAAGCACUCACAAACAGCUGGCAGGUAUCGUCCCUGAACGAGACUGUCACAAACCAGAUCUUGCAGCUCAAACCAGGCGAGUUGGUGCGUCUCAACCAGCGCCAGCUUAUGAGAGUCUACCCGUCCAACUACAGAGUUGAUUCCAGCAACUUCAACCCACAGCCGUACUGGAAUACGGGCUGCCACAUGGUUGCAAUGAAUUAUCAAACCGAAGGUCGGAUGCUUGAACUGUACCAAGCCAAGUUCUCAAGCAAUGGGAACUGCGGAUAUAUUCUGAAGCCUAAGUGCAUGUGUAAAGCUGCCUUUAACCCCAUGUUGGAGGAUCCGCUACCAGGACAAAAAAAGACUCAGCUGGUUCUGAAGAUUAUUAGUGGACAACAACUUCCCAAACCCAAAGACUCCAUGUUUGGGGACAGAGGCGAGAUAAUUGACCCCUUUGUUGAAGUUGAGAUCAUCGGCCUACCUGUUGAUUGUUCCAAGCAGCAGACCAAAGUGGUCGAUGAUAAUGGUUUUAACCCAAUGUGGGAGGAGACCCUGGUCUUUGACAUCCUUAUGCCACAGAUCGCCCUGGUGCGAUUCCAAGUGUGGGAUCAUGAUCCCAUUGGUCGAGAUUUCAUUGGACAGAGGACUGUAGCAUUAACCAGCAUGAUGCCAGGUUAUCGGCAUGUCUACCUGGAGGGAAUGGCAGAGUCAUCCAUCUUUGUUCAUGUCGCUAUUUUUGACAUGUCAGGCAAGAUUAGACCCGCAAAUGCUGUGCAAGCAGCCAGAAAACACAUCCAAAAAGCAGCCCAGAAGCAUAUGAAGGGUCACCAAAGGCACCCUUCUCUGGACUUCUCCGUCCAGUCCUCAGAAGAUGGACAUGCUCUGUUCCGCAAGGAUCUGGACACCAUCUCUCAGGACAGCAGAAACUGGGAAAUGUCUCCUAUUGUACAUGGGCCAGCAGCCAAGGCUGCCCUCAACAAAGGGGCCAUGAGUGAGCCAGUGAGGCGAGCUCACAGAGUUAAAAUUCAUGAACCACCAGAGACAAGAAGAGGGAUCUUCAGCCGGAUGUCCUCCACUGACUCCCACCACGGUGCAGUGGCUCCCUGUGCGAUAGCGGAAAGCUUUGACCUUGAGACCUCUUCCCAGCCUUCUUAUCCUGACGGUUUUGCUCCUGACAGCCAAAAUUCAAUAAUUCAAGAGGAGCUGGAGAAUGAAGCCCCCGAAUUACCACAGUCAACGCAUGCAGAGCAGCACACAGCUCAAAUACUUGAACCAGAACUGCCUGAACCAGAAUUACCACCAGAGCCAGAGCCAGAAAAGAAUGUUGCCACUGAACCAGAGCCACCACCAGAAACGCAGAGUCAAACUGACUCACUCCCUCAACCGGUGCCACAGCCUGAAGCCAAAUCCUCUCCAAUGAUCCCUCCACCUUCACCUGCCAGGGUCAGACGGACUUUAGAGGCUCCUGCCUCUUCCCGACCAUCCACCGCAGUGCGAACGAAGGUCCGUUCACACAGUUGCCCCAGAAAACAGACUACCUCUGCUCAUACUCCGAUGGUGAACCGCAAGCUGACGUUCCACUGGCAGACACAGCAAGCACAAACGCAGAGCAACUACGGCAACCAGGUGAGACCUAUACCCAACGGUCUCUGUAUGCCGGACAGCGCAUCCAGCAGCAGUGGAGGCAGCACUGACAGUCUGGAGUUUGUGUCUUCCUGUGUGCCAGCUGGAGCAGAGCAGCGUGAGGGCACCCUGCAGAGGGAGAUGAAGGCCCUGUUUGACCAGAAGAUGAGAGAGAUCCGUUGUAAAUCACCACUGUUUUUUCUAGAUGGGGAAUCUCCUUAGCAAAGGAAUGAAACUAGCUGCAAUUCAGUUACAAGGUAUAUUAUUUUUUACCGAUGGCAACACAAAGCAUUUCUAAGUCCACUCGAAGCAGAAUUACACACUUAGACCAUUUUUAUUCUUUUUAGUCUUGCUGAAAUGUUUACAAUCACAGUUUUUAUGCAUGAAAUUGUUUAUUUUAAAAGAAACGUUAAGAUUCCACAAUGCCACUGCCAACUGUACAAACAGAUGCAUGACGCAGGAGUUACAGUCAGUAAACUUAGAAAGUAAUAAACAUAUGAGCACUAUUUGUUAGUUCAGUUUUCAGUAUUUUUUUUUUAAUUUUGAAACUAUAAUGUUUGAUUUU